AUGAUCGCCAAGAUGAGUGCGCCCAUCGGAGAUAAGAUUGAGGAUUUUAAAGUCCUUACACUUCUGGGAAAGGGUUCGUUCGCAUGUGUCUAUCGGGCAAAGUCGGCCAAGACUGGUCUGGAGGUUGCGAUUAAAACGAUUGACAAAAAGGCAAUGCACAAAGCUGGCAUGGUCCAGCGUGUUACAAAUGAGGUGGAGAUUCAAUGUCGUCUGAAGCAUCCCUCAGUACUGGAGCUGUACAACUACUUUGAAGACAGUAACUAUGUGUACUUGGUGUUGGAGAUGUGUCAUAACGGGGAGAUGAGUCGCUAUCUCAAAGACCGAAAAAUGCCCUUUUCAGAAGAUGAAGCGAGACACUUCAUGAAUCAGAUUGUCCGAGGAAUGCUUUAUCUACACACGCACGGCAUUCUCCACCGGGACCUCACCCUGUCCAACCUCCUCCUGACCACUAACAUGAACAUUAAGAUUGCAGACUUCGGACUGGCCACGCAGCUCAAAAUGCCCAACGAGAAGCACUUCACCAUGUGCGGAACGCCCAACUAUAUCUCUCCGGAGGUGGCCACCCACAGCGCCCACGGCUUGGAGUCCGACGUCUGGUCCCUGGGCUGCAUGUUCUACGCCUUCCUGAUGGGCCGCCCUCCCUUCGACACCGACACUGUCAAACACACGCUCUCUAAGGUGGUUCUGGGGGACUACGAGAUGCCCACACACGUGUCGAUGGAGGCUCAGGACUUGAUCCAUCAGCUGCUGCAGAGGGACCCUUCUCUGCGGCCGAGUCUGUCUGCGUUGUUAGACCACCCUUUCAUGACCCGCAGCCUCCUCUCCCGGACUAAAGAACUGAGCCUGGAUGAGGACGGGUCCCUGGACAGCGGCAUAGCAACAAUCUCCACCGCGUACACGUCCUCCAACUUUAACAGCAGCAACAGCCGUCUGCAGAAGAAAACCAGGCACGUGAUCGGCUCGACUCUGCCCAACCGCAUGGCCCCGGUCCUCCCGCGGCAGUUUGUUAGCGCAGAACCGUGGCAACAGCACAAUCCAGAGCGGUUUGAGAGAGAGGGCCGGAGCAGAGGGCAGCACAUGGGGGACAUGGCGCAUCACUCCCGCAGGUCCCACUCCUCAGAUCGAUCUGCGUCUUCGGCCCUCUCACAGAGCUCCAGCCGUGAGGAUUUCGGUCGCUGUCACUCUGAGGAGCACUUAAACAGCUGUGGGAGGCCCAUGUUUCAUCCUUAUCCAGAAGAGGACCGGCGACUCCCCUCUCCCCCCGUCAAACAGUCAGUGGGCAGUGCUCCAUACUCGCGACCCACAUGUGCGGCUGAUCCAAGUCUCCCGUUUCAGGACUCAAACUGGCUCAGCAAAGAUGGUUCUUGUCUGAGGACCACAGACUCCAGCGCACACAGCACUAGUGGCAGCUUUUACAGCGGGAGGGGCCCGUUUGGCGUUCACGGCUCUGGGACUGAUGCUCCGGGCAGAGCAGGACACCACACUCCUCCUUUUUCACAGCUUCAAAACGCCGACGUUUACAGGGAGAUCGACCCAGAGCUCCAGCCACAGCACGGCCGCAACUCCAAGCCCCACACGCUGAAGCCGGCUCUGGACAAGGACAAGAAAACACUCCGCAGCAUCGUACCACCGCUGUCCACCACCAGACUGAAGCCCAUCAGGCAAAAGACCAAGAAUGCAGUUGUGAGCAUUCUGGACACUGGGGAAGUUUGUAUGGAACUGUUGAAACAUGUGAGUGGUCAGGAGCGGGUGAAGGAGGUGCUGCAAAUCUCCAGCGAUGGAUCAAUGGUAACGAUUUAUCAACCUAAUGAUGGCAAGGGCUUCCCUGUUCUCGACCACCCUCCCGCUCCCCCAGAAAACAUUCUGAUCUGCAGCUAUGACGACCUUCCAGAAAAAUACUGGAAGAAAUACCAGUACGCAUCAAAGUUUGUCCAGUUGGUGAAAUCCAAGACUCCAAAGGUCACACUUUACACCAAGAACGCUAAAGUGAUGCUGAUGGAGAACUCUCCUAACGCAGAUCUGGAGGUCUGCUUUUAUGAUGGAGCAAAAACGCACAAGUCGUCGGAUCUGCUGCAGGUGGUGGAGAGCGGGGGGAAGUCGUACACAGUGAGGGGGGAGGUGGGGCGGGGGCUGGGCGGGCUGAGCGCAGACAGCCGCAGGUACGUGGAGUUGUCGGACCAGGGCCACAGCAUGUGCCUGUCUCUGGAGGCGGCCAUCACUGCAGAGGAGCAGAGGAGCACACACAAGGUCCCCUUCUUCCCCAUCACCAUUGGGAGACGACCAGCGAACCCCGAGUCUCAGAAGUCCCCAGCACUUCCGUCUCACCCGGCCCCUGAGGCAGCCUCCCCUCCACAGGCGCCGCAGAUAAAUCCUUCCAUGAUCUCUUAUGACGGCUCUGAUUUCACCACCGCCAGUGUAAACAAGAAACAUUCUCCACCUCGACAGAACGCUGGGAAAGUGCUCAAGUCCAUAUUUGUGCCAAACGUCGGCUGGGCCUCACAAUUGACCAGUGGAGAGGUGUGGGUGCAGUUUAACGACGGCUCGCAGCUCGUGGUGCAGGCGGGAGUGUCCUGCAUCAGCUACACGUCUCCAGAAGGAAGAGUCACCAAGUACAGAGAAAACGAGAAGUUGCCUGAACAUGUAAAAGAGAAGCUCCACUGUCUGUCCACCAUCCUGGGACUGCUGGCCAACCCCACCCCCAGCGGGCCGCACCUGCACCCGCUCUGA